AUGCUGGAUAUGCAUUACACGAAGUUUGGACCCGAGGUGCACAACUUUCACUACAAAGAAGCAGAGGUUCUACACGUCAUUCGAGCAGCCAAGUUUCUUUUUGCUAGUGAAAAUAAGCUUCUACAGGUGGAUGCUCCAGGAAUCAUUGUGGCUGACGUCCGAAGGCAGCUUGAUCUGAUACAACGACUUGAUCAACAUUUUGUGACACUCGGAAGGCCACCGGAAAAACGAUUCGUCUUUUUGGGAGACUAUGUUGACCAGGGUGCAAUGAGUCUUGAAUGUGUGCUACUAUUUGCCCAUAAAGUACAAUAUCCGGAUCACGUCUACUUGUUGGAAAUCACGAACGCAAUUCGAUGGGGUGAAGGUGUGACAAGAAAGAACAUUCAACUACAUGUCGAUCGCGGCCAGAAUUUCGGAGAUCUUUUGUGUGCACGAGUGAUCACGUUGUUUUCGGCAUCCGCUUAUACAAAUCAAUUUUAUUUUAAAAAUGCUGGUGGUGUGCUUUAUGUAAACGAGAAGCUGGACUGUCAACUCGUUGUCUACGUGCCUGAUUGUGGACCCAAAGGGGCAAAGAACCGCGUGGAAAGAAUGAAUCGACUG